GUCUAUGUUGGGUACUUACCUGUUUCAAAGUCCAGCUGGUCCAGGACAUAGAUUGUAUACAAAAACAUCUAGUGAGACAGGUAAACGUGGAGAUGUUGUGCAGCAGCUUCACAGGUCGGUGUGUGUUUAUUUAACAGCGUAGUGAGUGUGUGUGUGUGUGAGUGUGUGAGGUGCAGAUAGACAUGCAGCAGUCUGUGGAGUCUCUGGUCCAGUUGCUGGAGUCCUACAGAGGAAGAGAUAAAAUUAUCAGGACGAUUUGUUUUGGUUCCCAGCUCGUUGGAGGAGUUCUUUCCCGUAAAGCAGAGGCAGAUGCCUCGUCAAACCAGCUCGGGAAAAGUCUGCUGCUGUUCUCUGCUCAGCUGAGUCAGUGCAGGACGGUGCUGAGGCUGUUUGAUGAUCUCUCCAUGCUGGCUUACUCCCACAGCUACGGGUUUGGAGCCGAGGAGGAGGACUUGGGUUUGCGUUGGAUUUCUGUGCUGACCAACGUGGCCGACCAGCUCUAUUACCCCUGCGAACACAUUGCGUGGGCCGCUGACGCUGAGCUCAUCAAAGUGAAGUCUGAUAAGUGGUGGCUGUACAGCACGGUGCUGUGGGGAACCUCGCUGCUGCUGGGAAUACUCAGGUCCCUUCGAGUUCUGCAGCUGCUGAAGAAGAAGCUGAAGAAAUGUGGCAGAGAUGGAGCUGACAGUCGCUCUCAGCUCCGCAGGCAGAUGCGAGGGGAGGUUCUAUCCGUCCUCAGCUGCAUGGCUGACCUCAGUAACGCCAUUCACUGGAUGCCGCCCGGCUUCCUGUGGGCUGGACGAUUCCCCAACUGGCUGGUGGGGCUGAUGGGCACCACCUCGUCUCUGAUUGGUUUGUUCCAGAUGACCGCUGGUGACCAGACAGACAGCACAUAGUCUUCACCUCACAGGGAAGAAUAGAUGAUAUGCUUAGACAGUGUGUCGGUGAGAAAUACUGAAUGAAAGGAUGUGUGGCAGAUCCAGAACGUGUGAAAUCAAAAUCAUCUGGACCUGGAACUGCACAGUAAGUGAAUAAACUUCAUAGAUUUGUAGCCAGUCUUCAGAUGGGACUGCAAGCUGCUUGAAAAAGUGGCAGAACACCCACUAGAUUUUUAAAUAUAUUUGGACAUUUUAGUCAGUCAUCACACAGUACAAACUUGAUGAUGAGAUUAAUGAAUCAAAUUUUCUUUUAUUUAGCUUACGUUUUUUAAUUUCUGUACCGUCACAUUCAGAUAAAUGCAUUAUCUGGUGUCUUCGCACAGGUAGAGGUUUUCAGAGAGCAUGAAAAUAAAGUCCUGUGGUUAAUUGGAGUAAAACAUCUUUGUAUUUAUCACAUAAUACGUCCUACUUCUUCACUAAGACGGCUUUAGUGUAUCCAAGUUUUCAAAUACAACCAGACUGGCUGGGACAGCAACUGUUUUGCCUGAGGAGUACAAGUGUGUUUAUGGUGUGCGUCCUUAUUUGUCAAUAUGCAAAGUGGUGCAAGACUUUUUUCUCUUACUGGCAGGUCAAAAUGUUUUUGAACAGUGGGUUUAAGUGCAGAGGAGACACAAAGUGACGCCAAACCUUCACCUGCUCAGUCAAUCAUAUAAGAAAGUCGCUGCACAAGUAGCUAAAAUAGGGAAUUUUAUAGCUGUGUUUAGAAAUUAAAUGUGAGGCGAUUUCAAGAGAAAUACAGUGACUUGUAGAAAGGCUGGUAAAUUGUUGCCUUAGAGACACACUCCAUAUAUCUAAUUUUAAAUCUUGCACUUAUUAAUAUGCAGUGAUUCAUAUACUGUGAAUUUAGUAUUAUGCCUUGUUAUGAUUGUGUUGAUUGGGCUGCCUAGGAUCUUUCAGCUGAAAAUAAUAUUUCUGUCUGUCUUUCUGUUUAAGACGCAGAAUGUCCUCAAGUUACACAACAGCAAACUGGUUACAGGUAUUUGUUCAACAGGUGUUGACAUUGUCCUGACUGUUGAAACUAGCCAGCAAAACUAUCUGAUUUGCACCACAGAAUGGGUACAAAUUGGGCUACAGACAAAUUUGAGAUUUUGGAAUGAGGUUUGGUAUGCCCCAGACAAGACUGUUUUACAUGGAAACAGUCUGUGUUUCUGGUCAAACAGGACAGAUGAUACUUGAAAUUGUAAACUGAAUAAAAUGUUAACUAAUUUUUGAUCAUGUAAAAUAAUAAACUUUUUAAAAUAAACUGUUAAAUUGUC